CCUUCAAAUUUUUCAUAUUGUAUAGUGGAAAAUAUGGAGGAAAUUGAUAUUCCUUCUUAUUUUCUAUGUCCAAUCUCAAUGGAAGUUAUGAGGGAUCCAGUUACGAUAUCAACUGGAAUAACAUAUGAUAGACAAAAUAUAGAAAAAUGGUUAUUCUCAUGCAAACACACAACUUGUCCUGUCACAAAUCAAGACCUAAAAUUCAAAGAUCUUACUCCAAAUCAUAAUCUACGACGUUUGAUCCAAUCGUGGUGCAUGUUGAAUUCUUCAAAUGGUAUCCAAAGGAUGCCAACCCCGAAGCCUCAGGUUCAAAAAGCUCACGUUGUGAGAAUAUUGAACGAAGCACAAAAAUAUCCGAAUAUGGAGUUUAAUUGCCUUAGGAGGAUCAAAUCAAUAGCGUGUGUAAGUGAGAGUAAUAAAAUGUGUCUAGAGUCAGCUGGGGUAAUUGAUUUCUUGACCUCGAUUAUGAUGAAGAAAAAAGAAGAAUCAGAGGUAUCAGAGGCGAGCGCUGAGGCUUUGAAUAUUCUUUUUCAUCUAAACCCUUCUGAUACUGAGUUGAAAAAGUUAAUCAACUCGCAAAAUGAUAAGCAUUUCUUGGAUUCUUUACUUCAAUUCUUGAAUAAUGGUCAUGUUCAAUCGCGUACCAACGCGAUAAACCUAUUGAGAUCAACCCUAAAUGUGGCUGAUCCAGCUCAAUUAAUUGGUAUACAACCAGUGUAUAUCAAGGGUAUAGUUUGUAUAUUAAAUGACAAAAUCUCUCAACAAGCAACAAAAGUAGCACUUAAGCUCCUAGUUGAGUUAUGUCCAUGGGGAAGAAAUAAAAUAAAAGCGGUUGAAAAUGGAGCUGUGUUUGCCCUAAUUGAACUUCUUCUUGACACAAAUGAAAGAAGGGUUUGCGAAUUGAUACUAACGGCUCUGGAUCAUCUGUGUACAUGUGCUAAUGGGAGGUCGGAGUUGUUGAGACAUGGUGGAGGAAUAGCCAUUGUUUCUAAGAAAAUUCUUAGGGUUUCACAUUUGGCAAGUGAUAGGGGAGUGAGGAUCCUUUAUUCAAUUUCAAAAUUCUUAGCAACUUGUUAUAGUACUAAAGUUCUUCAAGAGAUGUUGCAAGUGGGAGUUGUGUCAAAGUUGUGUUUGGUUCUUCAAGUGGAUGUUAGUCCAAAGACUAAAGAGAAAACUAAGGAAAUUCUAAGGUUACAUUCUAGGGUUUGGAGGGAUUCUUCUUGUAUACCUCCUCAUUUGCUUUCUUCUUAUCCUUGA